UAGUAAACCUCUCUAUCUACCUUUCAUUCUCUCUCUUUGACGAAUGAAACUGGGCAGGUUGCAAGAAAAUUAUGCUUCUUUUUUUCCUAUUCACCACCAAAAAUAAAGUUGAUAACACCACCAAAAAAAAAAAAGAAGCUUCAUUUGAGGAGGUAACUAAACUAUAAUUGUUAGCCAAAACCAAACAACAUACAUCUCACUCACACGUCACACACACACACACACACAUAUAUAUAUAUAUAUAUAUAUAUAUAUAUAUGCUACUAGUAAUUUGUAGAGGUCAACUGUAAAUAGCCACAAUUAACUUGGGCCAAACUUUGAAAUUGAACCCUCCUCCUCAGUACUCACUCCAUAUGGCUUGCUUGUCUUUGUUUAGGGUUUAUUAAUUUAAUUUGUGAAUUACUACAAUAGAAAGGCACCCACUCAGUACUCUUUUGCAAUUUGUUUGGUUUCCAUCAGAAUCAGAAUCUAGUGAGUGAGAUCCAUUCAUAUUAGCUGAUUGAAAUCAAAGUUGAGAGUUAAUUUGAUGGAACAAGUGAAAGGGUAUUGUUCUGAUAGCAGGGACGAAGAGGAGGAAGAGGAAGGUGCAGAUGAUAUCAUCGCAAUCACUGGAGGAGGAGGAGGAGAAGAAAUUAGCAGCAGCAGCAGGUUACAGUUACAGACGUCACAGCAGGAGGAAGAAGAAGAAGAAGAAGAAGAAGAAGAAGAUGUGGGGGUUGGGAAGUUGAAUGAAGAGGAGGUAGAUUUGAUGGAGUUAAGACUUGGAGGAGGGGGAAUUAGCAAGAGCAAGGGAAGUGAUGAAGGAUUAGGAAUAGGAUGUUGUUCAAAUUCAAAGGAUGAGGAAGAGGCAGUAGUAGUAGAGAAAGAGCAUAUGUUUGACAAAGUGGUGACACCUAGUGACGUAGGGAAACUAAAUCGACUUGUGAUUCCAAAGCAACACGCAGAGAAGUACUUCCCUUUGGAUUCUUCUACCAACGAGAAAGGGCUUCUCCUAAAUUUUGAAGAUCGAAAUGGUAAGAUGUGGCGGUUCAGGUAUUCUUAUUGGAACAGUAGCCAGAGUUAUGUGAUGACAAAAGGUUGGAGCCGUUUCGUUAAGGAGAAGAAACUUGAUGCUGGUGACAUUGUAUCAUUCCACCGUGGACGUGCUGAAUUGCACAGACACAGGUUGUACAUAGAUUGGAGGCCAAGGGCUCAUUCUCAGUACUCUCAUCAUCACCACCAGUACCUCAUCCCUCAAUAUCCUCCUCCUCCUCCUUCACUGCCUUUCUAUCUUCCUCCCAAUCAUCACUAUCACUACUCAUCAUAUGCUGCUACUGCUAGAUCAUUAUACACCUCCCCUCAAUAUUCUCACCUUCCUAAUCCUAAUUACGCUGCCCCUUCUCCUACAAUAUCUCACCCUCAAUAUUACAACACCAAUUUCUAUACUACUACUACCACUACUACUACACUUCAUCAACAACAACAACAACAACAGUACCACCACCCUGCUCCUGCUGCUGAUCACCUGCUUGUUGAUAAUAAUAACAACAUGAAUCCCCUCUAUUAUCUCACCUCCUCGCCAAUUACGCCACCAUCAACAACCACCGCAACUGGUGAUCAACAUUUGCAGGGAUCCGUGGUGCAAGGGCACCAACAAGAUCAGAGAAAUGUCAAUGUCCCUAUGAAUAUGAUAAUUGAUUCAGUUCCAGUUGCACAUCAUCACCUCGGAGGCAAUGUUAAUACUGGCGGAAAACGGUUGAGACUAUUUGGGGUUAACAUGGAAUGUGAUUCUUCUUCUUCUUCAGAACCACCACAAGUGACAACAACUUCUGGGGAUCAUGAUCAUCAUCACAGAGGGGGAACUUCACUGCACUUUGAUUUGGAUCCUUCUAAUUCCCAAUAUCGCCGGCACCACUGAUCCAUCCAUAUUCAUGAAGAUCAUAUCAUUUUGUUUUGCAGUUAGUUUGGCUUGGACAGGCUAAGUAGCUCUCCUUGGCAGCAUUUUCAUUUUAUUUUUGUUUACUUUUUUUUUUUUUUUUUGUCUCUCAUUUCCGCUACAAAUUAAGGUAAGAAAGAGCCCUUGAACUUUCUUCUUAAUUAAAUUAUUAUUAAUUAUCUUUUCAUCGGUAGUUAUAUAGUAGUUGAAAUUCUUCAUAGUAUACUACUGUACGUUUUAUCUAAACUUCUUUGCUCGAAUUGGUAAUUAGCCGGGGGGAGAAGAAAUAAUGAAAAACAUUUGCAGUCCAA